UUCAACGAGGCAAGACCAUCCACCCACAACGUCCCUUCUCUCCCGGAAUCUUCUCUGUUUUUUUGUUUAUUUUUGGAAAAAUCAAUAAACUGAUUAUCCGGAGCUGAAUUCGGUUUGUAAACUGAUUAUUGAGCCGCAAGAUUAGUGAAGGAGAAUCCCGCGGUCAUGAUAGCAAGAUAAAUAUGGCAACGGCGUAUUUUUCUAGGGUUUCCGUGGCGCGCAUCAAAUUCUUUGACGCCUGAUUCGUGUAUGCGAUCUUGACUAUAUCAAACGAGAGGAAUCACAAAGUUGGCCAGUGGCAUUACUUGAAUUUUCGUUACUUUUAUGAUGGCCAACCAUGCUGCGAAUCAUUUUGCUGGAGGGCUCCCACCCCCAGGGCCCCUAAAUGAAGCUUUGUUUAAAGAACUUUGGCAUGCCUGUGCUGGACCACUUGUCAGCGUUCCACGUGAAGAUGAACGAGUUUAUUACUUUCCGCAAGGUCACAUGGAACAGCUCGAAGCAUCUACACAUCAGGGACUGGAUCAGCAACUUCCUUCAUUCAACUUACCUAGUAAAAUCCUAUGCAAAGUGAUGAAUGUUCAACUUCGGGCUGAACUAGACACAGAUGAGGUGUAUGCUCAAAUAACGCUUCUCCCGGAACACGAUCAAAGUCCAGUCACAAGUCCUGAUCCUCCUCUACCAGAGCCUGAAAAAUGCACUGUUCAUUCAUUUUGUAAGACUCUCACUGCUUCUGAUACCAGCACCCACGGUGGAUUCUCUGUGUUGAGAAGACAUGCUGAUGAUUGUCUGCCCUCACUGGAUAUGUCUCAACAACCACCCAGCCAGGAGUUGGUAGCUUCCGAUCUUCAUGGGAAUGAAUGGCAUUUCCGUCACAUUUUCCGAGGUCAACCAAGGCGUCAUUUAUUGACUACUGGCUGGAGUGUGUUUGUCAGUGCAAAGAAAUUGGUUGCAGGAGAUGCUUUUAUCUUCCUAAGAGGAGAAAAUGGGGAACUCCAAGUAGGUGUGCGCAGGCUUAUGAGACAAGCAAGUAACAUGCCAUCUUCUGUUAUAUCAAGUCACAGUAUGCAUCUUGGGGUUCUUGCAACUGCAUCUCAUGCCAUCUCCACCGGAACCUUAUUUUCAGUCUUCUAUAAACCAAGGACUAGCCGAUCUGAAUUUAUAGUAAGUGUUAACAACUAUCUUGAAGCUCAAAAUCACAAGCUUUCGGUAGGGAUGAGGUUUAAGAUGAGAUUUGAAGGUGAAGAGGUACCUGAAAGAAGGUUCAGUGGGACUAUUGUUGGUGUUGAUAAUAAUUCUUCAUCUCGAUGGCCUGAUUCCGCAUGGAGAUCACUGAAGGUCCAGUGGGACGAACCUUCGGCAAUAGUACGUCCAGAUAGAGUUUCAGCAUGGGAAACAGAACCCCUAGUUGCGACAACUCCUCCAAACACUCAGACUCAACAAAGGAAUAAGCGGGCACGGCCACCUGUUUUGCCUCUUCCAAUGCAAGAUUUAUCUCCACUUUGUAUGUGGAAGUCACCGGCUGACUCCCCGUCAGCAUUUGCCGGUUGUGAUCCAUCACGUGGUCGAGGCACAUAUCAGUCGCCUAAGCUCAGUGAUGGAACCAGAAUUAGCAGAAUCAAUUUUAAUGAGAACUUCCUACCUAUCUUGAGCAACUCCGGAUACCAGCCUAAUCAAAUAGCAACUGCAGCAGAGUCAUUUGCUCCUCUAAGUGAAAAAAGGCAGGCAAAUGGCUGCAGGCUGUUUGGAAUCGAGUUGCUUGACCAGUCUCGUAUUGAAGAUACAUCACCAGCCAUUCAGUCCGAAACAGCUAUUGAGGAUUCUCAUGUUCCUGUAGAUGCUGAAUGUGAACAACAUUCUGGACCAUCAGACUGUAAACCUUCUGAUGCUCCCUCAGUCAGUUGUGAUCCUGAUAAGUCAUGCCUUGGAUCCCCUCAUGAUGCACACACUAGGCAAAUCCACAGCUGCACAAAGGUUCACAUGCAAGGAAUUGCUGUUGGAAGAGCAGUGGACUUGACCAGGUUUGAUUGCUAUGAGGAUCUGCUCAAGAAAUUUGAAGAGAUGUUUGAACUUAUAGGGGAACUCUCUGUGUCAACAAAGAAAUGGCAAGUUGUCUACACAGAUGCUGAGGAUGACAUGAUGAUGGUUGGAGAUGAUCCAUGGCAUGAAUUUUGCACCAUGGUGAAGAAGAUAUAUAUCUACUCAACCGAGGAAGCCAAGAGGCUCUCGCCCAAGAUAGCAGAGGUCAAAUCUGGGAAGCUCCUCCUGUCUGAUGCAGCUGUUGGCACUGAAGAACAUUCUUCAACCGUUAAAUCUGGUUACUGAUGGGAUCGGGAAAUGGUCAAUGACGAUGGAGAUGAAACCAACAGUUGACCAGCAAUUUUGUUUUUAAGCAGCCAAGAUGCCAUGCUGGUGAGGCGAAAGUGGUGGUUUUUGUUUGCGAUCAGGGAGAGUGGUGCCACGACUACGAGGCUCUGUGAUAGUAUAAUUUUUUUUAGGAGAAUCUCAUGAUGGUUUUGUUGCUUGGAUCUGACUUGGUCUGUUUGUGUACUGUAGUCUCUAGGCAUUUUAUGUAUAUAUAAUACCACUUGUAUUUCUUGAA